AACGCGGGUCUCCCCGUGUGCGGCCCGCCGUUCCCGCUUGCGGCACGCGCGCGCGCGCGUCCGCCCGCCUGUUCGUACGUUCGUCCGUUCAUACAUUCUUUCUGUCCGUGAGAGUAACGUAAGCGGCGCGAUGUGGCACAACAAAGUGGGAAAACAGACGAGUAAAUAAGUCGUUGUGCACGCCGAAACAAGGGGGUUAUUGCGUUCCCAAUUAAUAUAAACGACGAAUCGCGCGAAACGUUUUGAAACGGAAAACGAGAGUGCGGUCGUUCAUUCAUCGCGGCAAGAUAGACGCAAGCGUGCGAAGUCGUUGUGAUAGUAGCAUAGUUUAAAUGUAUAAAGAAGAUAAACGGAGUUUACGCGAGAAAUGUGUCUUCAAAAUUGAUUAGAAUCGUUUAGGAAACAGUCGGAAUGUGAUCCGAGGUAUCACGGGGAGAAAGAGAGAGAAAUAACCGCCUGGAGCUGACUGAUCGAUCACGCGCGUCGCGUGGACUAGGUCAAGUGACUAAUUAACAGGCGAGAGCAAUUUAGAGCGAUUAAACAGAGAGGCGUCGAAAACUUCCCUGGCAAUUUUCGAUCCAACCCCGUCGUCCAAUCGUCCGACCAAAUAUCGAUUCUGGAUAGAAUCCGUCGAGCAAAAUUGCCGUAAUAAAAGAUAGAAAAAAAAAUCAACCAAAUUCGUUACGCCGGACGAAAACGGUGUCAACGAAGGCGCGGAAAAGGUCGCUGGUUGUUUUCGGGGGGCGGGGUGAGAGGAGCGUACGAGGGGUGCAGCAGGUGCAGCGGGAACGCAGCUUCUGUCAUCGAUCUCGCCGCGGCUGCAGCGAGCAUGGCGCGGCCCGCCGCACACGCCGAGCCGCGUCCGCGUGCGGACGCGUGGCGAUCGACAGCGACCAGAUGAUGAUGAUAUGUUAAUUGGUCACGAUCGGUCGGUGACGCGCAUCGAUUUGUCGACGAUCAUCCCCGACGACGAUGAUGUCAACAACGAGAACGAUGACGAUAACGACGACGACGACGACGAGGAGGAGGUCGACGUCGACGGAACCGCGAGCGCUGGAUCUUUCCGACACAGGAGAUCGAUCGAACGCCUCCCUUCGGUAUCCCCCGGAGCAGUUGCACGGCUUUCCCGGCGUGAACGUUCGAGCGUAAACCUUACGGCGAAAGGGUAAAAGCGCGAAGGGACCGUGAGUUUCAGCGCCUUCGGUACGAAGAGGAGAGCGACGCCGGUUUGCACUGCGCGGUCGCGGUGCGUCGUCCGCGGACGCGCGCGGACGGUGUUUACAUUUGCGAGAGCCGCGAGACGUGGACCCGCGAAAUUGAGAUAUCGAUCGGGGUUUCACGGGGAGAGCACGAUUCAACGAAGAUCGCGGCGUCUCGUUUAUCUCUCGCGCUCGGCGUUUCGGCUCGCGAGAACGUAGACUUGAAAAGGAGCGUCAAUCUGCAAAAAUUCGCGCCUGCCACUGGUGUUUAUAUCUAAUCUUGUAAGAUGCACAUCCGUGAAAUCGCAAGAGUGUGCCAUACAAUUAGUGAGACUUUAGGCACGCAAAAUAAAAGAAAUACAAGUUUUAAUUAAUAUUGUGAUCGUAUCCGACAAGAAUUUGACGAUUCACGCGCUAAUAUGAAAAGUAUCAGUAGCAAUUUUCGGGAACAUCGAGAGAAGAUAAGCAAUUUGAGAGACGGAGUGCGUACUCGCGUUUAUCAAUUCAACCAUCAAAGAGUUUGGUCUGUGUUGCGUGAUAUACUGUAACCGAGAUAGAUCAGAGUCUCGCGCGCGAUGUCGGCGCGCAACGGGAGAAACGUAGCCUAAGCGUACCGCGCCAAGCAGGGGUGAUCUAGAUCGAUACGUGAAGGCCUCAAACGCAGCGUCGCGCAAAAUCGCAGAGAUGGACUGCUGCAAUUACAUCGAGGCUUACGCGGCAGGUGGUCAUUUUUAUCAGCAGCAGCAGCAGUACUUCUGUUACGACAAUGGUAGCGUGGCGUAUACCGGUUACGACGCCGCGCCGAUCUCUAACGCAAUCGACAUUAAUGCUCGAUACAACGGGGCGAUACCACCCACGUACCCGACAGAUUAUGUGUAUAAUCCAAAGGAGGCGAGGCUACGGAAGGCGAUGCGCGAGCAGACUCGCGAGCUGUCACGGCGAUCAAUCUUGCAAAACGCGAUCGCGCGCACGGCCGCGAUUAGCGGCGGCAAUUCCGUUGUUUCGAUGGCCGGCGGCUUCCUAAAUCAGCAUCAUCGUUUCGAUUGCGCGUCGAUGCCCAUGGGUUCAAACGUGAGCCCUCAUCAAGUGGCCGAGCCCUGGUUCCAGGCCGCGCAUCGUCUGAAAUCCGCGCACUCGCCGCGAAUCGGCGAUUGGUAUGGGAACGUGUGCGGUGACCCGAUCGAGAGGCUGCAAGCGAUGGGCACGAUGCACCAGCAUCAGCAGCAGCAACAACAACGUGACCUCGAAAAGUCUAAGGACCAAAGGAAUCAGGUGGCGGAGUGCGCCGCGGUGGCGUUUUCUUCCAACGGCUACUCACCGGACAUCGCAACUGCGGAAAGAGAAAUCCGCCGACCAGAACCCGCGGCGGAAUACGCCGACUUCGUCGACGGCCAGAAAUGGCACCCUUAUCAAAAUAGCGUAAGCCCUCAUCCACUUCCGAGAACGCCUCAUCCAUCACCGCAAAUGGGUGGCGUUCUUCACUCGAAUGUCCAGAAUACAAACGCGCAUGGACAUGGUCCAUGGGGCCAAUUUUGUCACGGCAUGCUACCACAUGUCCCAAGUGCGGCUCGCAACGCGGCGAUUCGGGGUCCGCGACAUGCAGUUUUCUUACGGGAUCGUACACCUACUAGGCAUUGUACAUUCUUGGAAGACGCGUCGCAAAUGAGUUAUGCGCCGAGCAAAUUGAACAUUGAUAGCAUUCGCGCGUCUUAUCCGCCGUCGGAGCAUCAGAUGCCAAGGUUACUGGGAUCAGCGGUAAAUUCCGUCAUAGACUCGACAACGACGACGACGAUGAAUCGACGCGAGGAAAACGGCGGGACCAGAUGGGAGCCAAACCUGCCAAACAAUACUGGGAUGCCUCUCGAUGAACUCGUGCCAACCUCCACGACGCAGGAAAGCACGGUUUCUCACGAGAAAGAGCGCGAAUCCCGGCACUCGAGCGAGCGCUUCGAGCUGAAGAAAAAGCCCGUCUCGAAGCAGCCGCUCCCGGGUUUCCAUCAGGCCUUUGGCUCCACGGAGAUCGGCAAGUUCUCCAGGUCCGAGUUCUUCGUGAAUAUGGUGGGCGAAAGCGGUAGUAGCGGCGAUGUUACAACGGAUGACGGUGACGGCGCCGAUGGCGGCGACGACGGCGAAGUAGUAAGUAGGGAACAUUCCCUGUCGGAAGCAGUGGAAAAUGCCGCCUCGGCGACGGCUGCGGUCGCGGCGGCCGCGACGGCCGCGACCGCAGCUACGGCGGCGACCGCUGCCGCAGCGGCGGUUGUCGCGGCCACCACAGCUGGCGCCUGCAGGAUUUUCGACACCGAGAAUAACCAGGCCACAUUUGCCGUCGGCGACGACGCCGUCGGCGCGCCGUCGUCGAUUGGCAGCGCGUACUGCGGACAACCGGCGGCGGCGGCGACGCCGCGCUGGCACAGUCCACACGUAGGCGCUAUAGGUAGCGAAAUUUAAACGAGGAUCGGCUGCGGUAUCGCGUACUGUCUUUUGUCGAUAUUUUUUACUAUAGCGAGAAAUAUCAAGAGACAACGUUUAGGGAGCAAGAAUUCACAGAAUUUUAUAUUAGAUUAAUUGAAAGACGGAAGAGUCACGUCAAAUUUAUUACUUCGUGAUUGUAAACGGCGAUUUUUUAAUUAUGGAACAAACAAGUAUUGUUGGUACGGUACAGAAUACCGCUGCAGAUCGAUUUCAGUAGGACGUUGUCCUCGUCUUUUUUUUAGGCUAAAGUGGUUCCCGUAGCUUUCCGGCGCGUGACAGUUUGCGAUAAAGUUGAGUGGCGAUAUAUUGUAUUUCCGAUAGAAACAAGUUACAGGUGUAACACUGGUAGUUUGAUGUGUAGCAAAUUUUGGUAACGAAAGAACUGUCCAUAUUUUACGUUGCAUAUGCCAAUAGGAGACUCAUCCAGAAAUUGGAACCGCUCAUGUAUCUGAAUUUAAUCGCCGAAGUAAUUUCUACUCCGUUUAUUCGAGAUAAUGAAAUUCGCGAGAGACGACAUAAAAACACCAACCCCUUUGAUAUCUCUAACAUCAGAAAUUAAGCUCGAAAUCGCGUCGGUUUCAACCCCUGGAUUUGUCUCCAUGAUGAAACCUUUGUCGGAACCUACAGCGCCGCUUGGAAAGUAAAAGCGGGACACGCGUGUCAUGCGUAGCGAAUGCAAGUGCAUCGAUUGGCGAAAGCAUGUCGGGGAUCGAUGUUGGCGUACGAAACGUCCCGACAAACUGCGAACGUUCGUCGAGAUUGUGCCUUCCACAGGAUCGGGGACGCGUCGGGGAGUUCUCGUCGAGUUCUCUCGCCUUAUCGAAAAUCAAAGCAGCACGAUACACCGCGUCUCGUAUGCCAAAAGGAAGAUAUAAUCAAAAGAAAUCACGCCGAGACGAUCCUUACUCGAUCGGCACCUUCCAUCACUGUUGUUAGAUGCCGUCGGUGUUAUACACGUCGACGAGUGAUUAUAUAUAUAAAUAUAAAUAUAAAUAUAAAUAUUAUACUCGUGUGUAAUAAGAAGGAACGAAUACGCGCGACGAAGAGAGUAAGUUAUUUAGUAGAUUUCCUUAGGUCAGAACGUAUUGCCGCGCGCGGAGAAACGAUCAAAUAAAAGUGAAGUACGCCUGCGAGCGUAGGAGGCUGAGAAGCCGACAGGUAAACGCUUUUCCGCUUCUGGAAAAUAAUUGCGAAGGGGCAUGCACGGUGGUUCGUGUUGAGAAUCUGCAUUUGAACAUUUUUUCACAGUUUUUCCUCUUUUUGGCACAUUUAAAAUUAAUUACCACUUAACACUUGAUUAGACAAAUUUUUUCUUUCUCUACAUAUAUUGCUAAUUAGUUUUAGUUAAUUAGGUAUUUAACUAAAUAUUUUAAUUGGCCAAUUGAUUUAAUUCAUCCAUUUAAGUCAAUGCUCUUAUAUAAAUGCUUCGUUAUUAUACAUUUAAAUGUGUUAAUUUUGCGCAAAAAUCUUUUCUACUGUCUAAUCUAACGAAGUGUAUUUGCCGGCAGAUUCUUAAUAUGCGCUAUAGUAUCUAUAACUUGCGUCUAGUCUUAUAUCGACCAGUUAAUUCGGGAUAAAUUCGUGCCGGAUACCCUGUACCUAUGAUGGGACCAAAAAUUGAACGAAAAACUUUUAUGUUGCGUUCACCGUCGCGCUCACGCCCUACGUAUGGUCGCGUAAAAAGAACUUCCCUCAUUCUGUUCGCGCGAUCGCUCGCGAGUGAAAGCAAAAACGUCACACUUCCGCUCCGAAACGUGGAAUAUAUUCGACAGAAUAGUGCGACUACGUGAAUGAAAGUAUAUUAAUACACAUAUAUAAUUGAAAAAAAAAAAUAUAUUCCACUUCUUGCAACGGAAUGAGCAUAAUCUCACGCCUUACAAAACAUAUUUAGACAGCCGUCAGAUCGAAGUGUGCGUGAAUAUCAUAACCGAAAAAUGACGUUAUCCUCGUAGGAUGAAAAUUGGAGUAAUUUUGAGCUAGAUAUCGAUAAUAUGCGACGUCGUAAAAAAUAAAAAACUUUCUUGGCGUUGAUGUACUGUGCAUGUUGGACGAUACAGAUAAACUUUAAAUGAGGAAUACUGUUUAAUUAAUCGGAAGAACGUAAA